CAGGAAGAUACUGUUCUUGGCUCCGAAGCCCAGGCGGCGGCCGGGACCGGGGCCGCCGUCGCUGCAGCGGCUGCAGUACCAGUUGGGCGACGGGAAAGCGCGUUUCAAAACCGCGACCGAUCCACCCAGCCAGGCCAGCGGGGCGAACGCUCCAGCCCAACCCUCAGCAGGACCCCAUUCACCCGACGCCCCCCUCUCUUUACUAAUCGAUAAGCGCGCAAAAAAAUAAAAAAAAUCAUCAGUAUAAAUCGAGCCAGGCACUGCAAUCGAGGGCAGAGUGCGGAAUCGAUGAGCGUGUGUGUGAUUAGGCGAGCCUGGUGGUGUGUCUGAGUGCAACAUGGCAACUUCUCUCUGGCCAGGUCUGGCUGCUGUGAGGAAUCUCCUGACACACGUCCAUUCAAGGUUACCGGCAUCAUGCACUAUUAUUCCUCACUCGAGCUUGCACUCAAGCCUUGCUCUAACAGCAAAAAACUGGGAGAGGAAGAACCGGACAGUCUACCCUCCCCAGCUGCCGCACGAACCUCGCAAACCAGUGGAGGUUUAUCACUGCAGGAGACAGAUCAAGUAUAGCAAGGACAAGAUGUGGUACCUGGCAAAAAUGAUAAGAGGUAUGACCUUUGACCAGGCCGUUGCCCAGCUCCAGUUCAAUGACAAGAAGGGAGCAAAGGUCAUGCUGGAGGUCCUGCUGGAAGCCCAGGAACUGGCAGUGAGGAAUCACAACUUGGAGUACAGAUCCAACCUCUACGUAGCUGAAUCCUUCUCCAGUAAGGGCCAGUACCUGAAGCGACUGCGGUACCAUGGACGAGGAAUGUUUGGCAUCAUGGACAGGGUCUACUGUCACUACUUUGAGCUGGUGGAGGGAAGCCCCCCGAUCGAGAAGAAGACCACCGACUGGAUCAGGCUAAAAGAGUAUGUGCAGAAACUACGCAACAGAACCAUCGUCCAUGCCCUGUAGCAGAUCCAGCACAGCACUGUGAUUGGCACAGUGUCUGUGGCAUUGCCUGUGAUAGGCGUGUAUGGCUGUUGUAAAUAAAUAACACACAUCAUGGGAA